AUGGGCAAUGGUAAUAUAACUGGUACAAAAAAUGAUCAAAAACAAAAAUCAACUCGUUCAAAUAGUAAACAGCUUGCAGAAUUAUUUCAUCGAAAAAAGUCUAUAGAUAACUUAAUUUUUUAUGCUUGUACAGAUAAAGCUCGAGUAAUUACAGAAAUACUUGAAGAACGUGGUUGGUCUCGUACAAAAGAUCAUAGUGUAACUGAUUUUACAAUAAAAUGGUGUCUUGAACAUCAAGUUGAUUGGCAACAAUUUCAAGAAGGAAAACAAUUAAUUAAUAAUAUACCUGGUCAAAUAGCAUUUGCUGAUAAAGUUAAUCUAUGGUAUACAAUACGAGAUUAUUUAAAUACUAGACGAAAUCUAGUUGGAAAUAAUAUUCAAACAUUUCUUCCUAUAACAUUUGUUCUUGAUAAUGAAGAUGAAGUAGCUGAGUUUUUACGCAUUUAUAAAAAGCAAAAUAAAACAUGGAUAUACAAACCACGUUAUAGUUAUGCUGGUCAAGGAAUUCAUGUUAUAUCAGUGAAUUCUGAUUUAGAAACAGUAUUUAAAGUAAAACAUAUUGUUGGUAAUCGUAUACAAUAUGAACCCAAAAUGCCAGGACAUCUAAUGCAAGAAUAUAUUUCACGACCACUUCUUAUUAAAGGUCAUAAAUUUGAUAUACGUGUACAUUGGCUUGUUGCAUGGACAAAACCAUUACUUGUAUUUUAUAAUCAUCAUGCAUCAGUUAUACGUCUUUCACUUAAUCUAUAUCGAGAAUUUGAUUUCGAUCGUGCGACACAUUUAACUAAUUUCUCAAUACAAGAAAAUCAUCAACGUUAUGCAUUUUCACAAGAAGCAACAGGAAUGACCAUGCAACAAUUGAAUCAAUAUUUUAAUCAAUGUUUUCGACCAUUUCAUCCAAAAAUGCCUCAAGAUUGGAUUAUAACUAUUAUGCAGGAUCGUAUGCAAACAAUUAUUCGACAGGUUAUCCGUGCAAGUAAAAAUAAAUUAGAACGUAUAGCUGGUCAUUUUGGUUUAUUUGGUUGUGAUUUUUUACUGGAUGAAAAUUUUCGUUUAUGGCUUUUGGAAGUGAAUGAUAAUCCCGGUGUUGGUUGGGGUAAUACACAAUUAAAUACAACAACAAAACCUUUAUUCGAAGAAACACUUAAUAUUGUACUUGAUUGUUUCGAAAAAUAUAAACAUCGCCGUCCAUUAUUACCUGUUGAAUGUUUAAAAAAUUAUCAACUUAUUUAUGAUGAAAAUAAUGAUGCUGAAACUAUUCUACGUGAUGAUAAUCAAAUAUUUAGUGAACGUAUGCAAAUACGUCAUUCAAUAAGAGAUUCAACGACUGAUUCAUCUUUGACUCAUACUACACCUCGUAUAAAAAGUAGUCGAAUACCUACAACAACUGCUACGAUUAUUACUAGGGGUGAAGUUAUUCUUCCAUUAACUAGUGAAACAAAUUUAAAUAAAAAUAUUAAUUCAAGAGAAAGAACAGAACCAAUGAAACCAAUUGAUAAUAAUAUUGAUCGUGAACGUUUAAUAAAAAUAAAAGAACUAAAAGCAAAAUAUACAUUUCGAAUACGAACUCGUUCAUUAGAUAAAUUAAAUAAUAUAACUAUUAAACAAUCGAUUACAUCAGCAAAUAGAUUUCAUACUAUACAACGAAAAAAAUAUCUUAAUUUAAAACCAAAUAAUUCAAAUAAAAAACGUAAUAUACAAACAAAUAAUAUUACAAUUCCAACUUUUCCAGAAGAAGAAGAAGAUAAAAAAGAAAAUGUAAUAGUUAUUGAAGAAGUUGAAUCAGAACAACCAAAUGACUCAAUUACACCAUCAACGAAUAUUGAACAAAAUGGAAAUGGAAAUUCAGCAACCAUUUGUGCUGUUCAUUAA